CUUCCUUCCUUCCUUCCUUCCGCUGAAAAAUGGCAGCCACGAAAGCAUUUGCAAAAAUCCCCUGUCUGAAAAGAUCUCCCGCUGGACAGAAGAUCCUGACGCAGACGGUCCCUGGGUCCUUCGCUCCUUUUUCUGCAUGGACAGAAGAUCUCCUUCAAAACAUGGACCAGCGCGAAGCUUGGGAUCGCUUCUACGCCCGGAGGGAGAAAAAUGGACCGCCCCAUCCAUUUGACUGGUUCUUUGGCUACAAAGAGGUCUCAACGCUUCUUGGCUCUGUUCUUAGGGGGCUGCCCCCUGGCCGGACCCGGAUCUUAGACGUCGGCUGUGGUACUUCAUCCUUGGGCUUGGAGCUCUACCGUCGCUCGCCCGUCCAGCUUCACGUCUCUUGUCUGGAUUUUUCCUCCGCAGCCGUCCAAUGUCUCGUUCGGAUGCUGCAGGAGAGCCCCCCACCGCGCCACCCGCUCUCCGAGCUGGAGUGCCACCUGGGCGACGCCACCGAACUGUCCCGCCUCUUCGCUUCGGGGUCUUUCCACUUGCUUCUCGACAAAGGGACCUGCGAUUCGGUCCUGCGAGGAUGCCCGCAGCGAGCGAGACGCUUAGUGUCCGAGUGUCUACGAGUCCUGAGGCCGGAGGGCUGUCUCGUCCAGAUCUCCGACGAGGAUCCGGAUGCUAGGGUGCCGUUCCUGGAAACAGCCGGUGGGGCCAACAUCAGCGUCGGGGAGAUCGCCAACGUUAGUGGCAUCUCGUAUUACGCUUACACGCUCAGCCCCAAAGCUCCAGACCCAUCAGAUGUGGGGCAGCCCUCCAAGGUUCCGAGGAAUCCAUCAUUGAGUAAAAUCUGACAGACGUAACGACAACACCCUUAUAUCUUUUAUCAAUACACUCCAGUCGUUUUAGAGGUGGUUAAUUUUAUUGUUUAUUUCAGCGGUGAAAUCCACUUAUCUUCGCUACUGGUUCGGGUGCGGCGGGUGGGCGGAGAUACCGUUUUGGUGAGCCAGAUAGAAACAGGGGGGUGAUUUCACCCCUCGUUUAUUUCCUCGAUCCGGACUCUACGAUUUCCCCUUUUCCGAUGCAAAGCCACAAACGCAAGCAAUUAUUUUAUUUAUUUUAUGCUCAGGAGCUUCAUUCAGCUUUCGUGGGACAAGCCACGAUUGGCUGAUUGCUUCGGGCAGACCACGAAGCCGUAAAAAGCUCGUUUCCAAACGGCAGGGAAGCGACGGUUAGCGGAACACUUGAAUUUCAGACACAAAUAUUGGCCGCCGUUCUAGCCUUGAGAACGGUGUGACGCGAUUUAUUAAAAAAAUGUGAUGUGAUUUAUUUAUUUAUUUUUUAAAAAAGCUGCCACC